AUGUAUGGUGAAGAGGAUAGGGCCGAUUUGGAUCAAGGAUUGGGGUGGAUCACAUUCUUGGCUAAUAGAGUCAAGAGGAUAGUCACUUUUAGGCAGUUGGAGAUCUUGUUUGGCUUCAACUAUAGAGAAGGGACUCAAUGGAACUUUAAGGAAAGUGAGCUACAAAGAGUUUGGGCUACAAUUUCUGAGGGAGAAUACUCUUCCUCAAGGUCUAAGGCGGCUCAAAUCAGGAGUCCAGUGCUGACGUAUGUGCACAAGGCGCUUGCCAACACUUUCUUUGCAAGAAAGGUAACCGGCACCAUUAAUGAGGGAGAGCUCAAGCUUCUUGAUAUGGGAAUCAAGCCCAUUCUCUCAUACACAAGCGAUGGGAAGAGGAUCAGGGGAGACAGAUCAAACACUGGAAAUCUCAUGCCCUUCCUAGAUCACCUCCUCACCUACAAGACCACGGCCUACAACACUCGAUUUCAGCAAGGAAGAAAGCUAAGUGUUGGAGGUCUCAUCACCCUAUCUUGUGUGCUGCUGGCAUGA